UUCCUUUAAAGGCGUAUUUAAAACCUUGGCUUCAGUUGCAGGAGUAGCGGACAACCUAUGCAACAAAAGCCGCUGCAGAGACGAGCGACCGUCCGACAGCUGAGCGGACAGAAACACGGAGCCAGGGGCUGACACCACCCGGCGAGGUACGACUGCAGGGCUCAACAUUGCAGCCUGGACCAAAACGUCUAUGUCUCAGCGACAUUUAUGAAGCUUUCAAGGCCUUUUGAUUGAUCAGCCAAUCGAUGGGGAUUUUCAGAGGAGCUCCGCCUACCUUCGCUGCCUUCCCUCCUCCUCCUCCUCCCCUCUCCCCCCGCGGCCACUCCAUCCCCCCCACCCACCCUGUCAUCCAGGCCUCCAUCCAGCCCUCCAUACACAAAAUGACUCUGGAACUUACUGAAUGGUCUUCUAUAUGGAUUUUUACAGCUUGUAAUAGACAGUAAGAAAAGGAGGGGGAAACCUCAAUGACAAAAAAGCCAUAAAGCGCACGCACACCACACACACACACACACACACACACAUACACACACACACAGACACACACACACACACUCAUACACACACAAACACACCUGACGCACACAGAAAGAAGUAAACACACUCUUGGAAUGUACCGCACACUCUUCCUGUGAAAAUUCAACUGCUUCCUUUUUAUUUUUCUGGAUUUUCUACAAACCUUUGGAAAGCUGAUUUUGUCUUUUUCUUUUUUUUGUGUUUUUUUUUUUUUUUUUUCCAACUCUGGGACAAAAGAAAAAGCCGAGAGGAUUAACACGUGUUGAAUUUGAAGCUGCAGUGUUUUGGGAGGACAACCUGCUUUUUGGACGACUUGUUUUGAGGACAACUGAUUGCUGAUUGAGAUUUUUUUUCUUUACAUUAACCUGAUAGAUCUAUAGAUAAUAGAUCAGAUUUUCCUUCAUUUAAGUUACGACCAUAGGCUGCAGUUUGUAGCUUGUAAAGAUUGUAACUGAGUCACUACUAGUUUUUAAGUACUUAUAUACAUAUAUAUAUAUAUAUAUAUAUAUAUGUACAAGUGACUUGAUACGAGCAGGGAUUGUUUUUCCUUUGGUAGCUACAGGUAGUUCUCAGAUUUGUCAGCGUGUUAGAGGAGGUGCACUUGUUCUCUCGUUGCGUGCAUGCCCUCCACCAUGCCUCCCCAGAACACAGAGGCCGACGCUAUGCAGGUUGGAUCUCUGGUGGGCGGGGGUAGCGCCAAAAACACCACGGCAUCAGGCUCGGAUGGGGAAAAAGGGGGAGCAGGAGGCGAGACGGAUGGAUCGGGAGGCAGCGGCGGAGGAGCAGGUGGAGGAGGAGGUCGGGGAGGGGAGGAGUCAGCGAGCGAGGGAUCUGUUGAAGGCAUACCCCUGAAGAGAUGGUUGAUGCACGGGGCUGUGAUGUUCGGGCGGGAGUUCUGCUAUGCCAUGGAGACGGCGCUGGUGACACCCGUACUGCUGCAGAUAGGUCUUCCAGAGCAGUACUACAGCCUGACGUGGUUCCUCAGUCCCGUCCUCGGCCUCAUGUUCAGCCCUCUGAUCGGCUCGGCCAGCGACCGCUGCACUCUGCGAUGGGGCAGGAGGAGACCGUUCAUCCUGGCUCUCUGCAUCGGGACACUGAUAGGAGUGGCGCUGUUUCUGAAUGGAUCGUUGAUAGGUUUGUCGCUGGGUGACGAGCAGGGGAGACAACCAAUAGGUAUAGUUCUGACCGUGCUGGGGGUGGUGGUGUUGGACUUUUGUGCGGACGCUACAGAGGGACCAAUCAGGGCGUACCUGCUAGACGUGGCGGACACGGAGGAACAAGACAUGGCACUUAACAUUCACGCCGCCUCAGCAGGUCUUGGUGGUGCGGUCGGCUACGCCCUCGGAGGUUUAGACUGGACGCACACCUUCCUCGGAGCAGCCUUCAAGUCCCAGGAGCAGAUUCUGUUCUUCUUCGCUGCCGUCCUCUUCACUAUCUCUGUGGUGUUACAUCUCCUUAGUAUUGAGGAGCAGCAGUACUCGCCCCAACAUGACAGGCUGGAUCAGGAGAGUCCAGAUCGCACCAACCCACAGCCAUCGGCCAAUGGCAGGACUGGACUUCUCGCUCCCAAGCUGGAGUUGAUCGGAGAGGAUGAAACACUGGACAGCUACGACCUGCAUGAUCCCUACGGAGAUGACCUGUCAGAGCACGGAGAUCUUGACAUGGACUUCCUAGAGAUGGAGCUUGUGAGAAGUAAAAGUGACAGUGUUCUCGCCAUGGCUGACGCCACUCUCGACCACCUGGACCAUGAUGCAUUGUUCCUGUGCCACAUCGAGCCUUCCAUCUUUGCUGACCGCCUCUCACCCUAUCACGGCUCACCUCCUUUAACCAGUAACUUCUUCAACCAGCAUCGCAGCACUCCGCCACCCCGUUUUGGCAACAUCAGACGCAGCAGCAGCGCGGGCAGCGGGGAUCUGCUCCACAGCAAUAGCCACCAAACGCACGCUACAAACCCCAGGAUCUCCCGCCUCUCGGCUUUCUUACAGGAAAUGGAAAAUGACGACGGUCAGGAGGCAUUGCUGAACAACCAGCUGAAUGAGCAGCGGACACUGAACGGCCGGUUGUUAGCCAGUGUGACGAAUCCUGAUAGAGAUGGCGCCAACAGGCUGAGCUCUAAAGGACAGGCACAUCGCGCUGGAAUGGUCAAAGCUGCCAGUACUGGAGCACCCAUGCGACAGUCACGUCACCGCCACAUCUUCUACCGGCAGCCGUCCUGCACCUUCUCCUACUACGGUCGAGUGGGAAGCCACCGCUACCGCUACCGCCGUGCCAAUGCCGCUUUCCUCAUCAAGCCGUCUCGCAGCAUGAACGACCUGUAUGAAGUGGAAGCCAGACACAGGAGGAGGCAGAAACAGAGGAACAGACACCGCAGCGGAAACACCAACUCCUCCAGCGGAGACACAGAGAGCGAAGAGGGAGAGGUUGAGACCACCGUGCGGCUGCUGUGGCUCUCCAUGCUGAAGAUGCCCAAGGAGCUGCUGCGACUGUGUGUCUGUCACCUGCUCACCUGGUUCUCCAUCAUCGCUGAGGCCGUCUUCUUCACUGACUUCAUGGGACAAGUCAUCUACCAUGGAGAUCCUACCGCUCCUAUUAACUCAACUUUGUUGGAGGAUUAUCACAAAGGAGUUCAGAUGGGAUGUUGGGGGCUGGUUAUAUAUGCCAUGACUGCUGCCACAUGCUCAGCUAUCCUUCAGAAGUACCUGGACAACUUUGACCUGAGCAUUAAAGUCAUCUACAUCAUGGGGACACUUGCAUUUUCCAUCGGAACUGCUGUCAUGGCAAUGUUCCCUAACGUGUAUGUUGCCAUGGUGAUGAUCAGCAGCAUGGGCAUCAUCUCCAUGAGUAUCUCCUACUGUCCGUAUGCUCUGUUGGGACAGUAUCACGAAAUGAAAGAGUACAUCAGGCACAGUCCUGGUAACUCCCGCAGAGGCUUUGGUAUCGACUGUGCUAUCUUAUCCUGUCAGGUGUACAUCAGUCAGAUCUUGGUGGCCUCGGCUCUGGGUGCUGUCGUGGAGGCUGUUGGCAGCGUCCGUGUCAUUCCCAUGGUGGCCUCUGGGGGCUCCCUCCUUGGAUUCUUUACGGCCUUCUUCCUGGUCAUUUACCCGACUCCCAACGGGGAUGGGGAAUCAGCCAAAGCUUCGGAGAAACGAUCCCUGACAAAGCUGGAAAAUUCCAACAGCAACGAAGUGGCUGUCACCGUGGUGGCAGAAAAACCCAGUUUCCUGAAACUCAACAAGAAGGGCAAGGCCACCACCACCACCACUUCCUGUCACAUGGAGAAUGAGUCUGCUCUGUGAUCGGCUGGCUUAAGUCGACACAACAACUAAAUUCAAAUUUGAACGCAGAUGGAAAGACAUUUGGAUAUCACCGUCCUCGUGGUGCUGGGGUUUACAGACAAAGAAAGAGGAGGGCAAUUGGCGGUCCACUCUUGAUGUCUGUUUUUGAAUUGACAGGGGUUUUUUUCUGCUUUGCCGUGUCUUGAUUUACUGAAGGAAACACCUCAAUCUGACGAGGGACCAGUGUUAUACCAGACCAACUACAAAAUAAGCAUUCUGGUCCCAGAGCUGUUUCAGCCAUCACAGAAAUUCCUUCCACUUUUCGCCCUCGUGGACAUUUGACUGAUCCGUCAGGGUCGUCCAGAAGUGACUAAUCCAUUAGUCGUGGUUUUAAGGAGAGGUUGUCUCUGUCUCUCAGGGCCUCUAGGAGGUGCUACUGAGCAGCUGCCUGGGCAGGAAACUUCAGGGGACAUGCACGCACACACACACACACACACACACACACACACACACACACCUCUUCAACACAAUCGAAUGAACACAUUAAUAAUGAACGUUGUUGAUGAACAUUAGUCCUCGAAGCUGCAAUCAUUCAGAAAUGCUGAAAAUUGUUCUUCCUCACUGUGGAAUCAGCCUGAUCGCAUCUUUGCUAAAAUGACGCCGACAAGAUCGUCGAGAGAGUGUGUGUGUUUCUGUUGACAUUUUCACCAAAACAAUCCCAACACACUCGGAUUUGCGGGACUUUUACAGUACUCGUCGACAGUAGCUUUAAGACUCUAGAGACUCCUGGAAGUGGCAUUUCUGAAGAGCCCGAAGCCUGGUCACUGGGGGGAAAUGAUUGAUAUUGAGUCCCUGGAUUCAUUGCAAAUGUUUAUUUUUUUCACCCUCCUCCACAUGGCAGGAGCGCUGAAGUCUUUAAUUUAGCCUUUAAGUUGACAAUAGGCUCUGCUCAGAAGUUGUAUGUGCAUUAAGGGUCAAGAAUACGGAUGUGUAUUGAGUGAAAUUCCAGGCAAGAAAGAGCGCAGAUGCAAUAUGUGCAGUAUACAGGGCAUUACAAUCCCAAAUAUUAUUUUCAUGAUUUAUCGAGGGCCCAGAAUGAUGCUUCUGUUUGUUUGGAAUAAUCUAAACUAACCUACAUGCUGCAUGUUAGAGGAGCAGAGACAAACCAAACACCAGAGAAGAAGAGAGAGGAGGAGUUGUUCUCUUUCACUCUCAACUUUCUCGCUUAUUAUUUUAUUUUUUUAGAAAAUGCUGUUAGCACAAUGUUUGUCACUAACUGCACAUUAGUUGAGCCAUUGUUUGAAAGAGUGUCGAAUAGCAUUGAGUUAGAAAAGUUUUGAAAUGAGUACGAUCAGAGGAUGUCGAAUUCGGACGGAGCUUCCUGACACUCCUCUGGUCCAGUGGGUCCAGUAACUCUACUUGUAAUCAUCAGAGUCUGGAAUGGGACGCAACAAUAUUAGAAUGGUUAAUGGAUAUAUUUAAAGAAGAGUUUUAUAACGUGAGAAAGACAGAGUGAUGAAAACUAUUAACCUUUAUAACAGGCUUAGGCUUGUUGCUUUAGCCUCGAUGGAGAAUUUCCACUCCUGGUUUAGAUGUCUUGGUUCCACCAUACUGGGCCAAAUAUAAGUGUGAUAUUGUAAUUUCAAUGCUCAUUACAUCUGAGUGUUGUAUGCUGAAUGGAUAUAUAGAAUAGAGGAGGAUAGAGGGAUAAAAGGAGGAGUGGAGAAAUGUAUUCACUUUAAAAUAGAUACAAAUAUUUAGUGCGUAUUUCCUGAAAUGUCAAAGUAGUCUUUAAAAUGCUUGAACCCGAGCAAAAGUUGGAUUUUUACAAAUUUGGAAAUGCAUGUCUUAACUUAAUCCAAUCUGUGGAUCAUGGGUGAGAAAAAAAAUGGAGGCAGACUUUUCCCAGAGUCCUUGCAGAUGUCAAAAUCAAACUUAAAGUCUUGAAAACCACAACUUUAUAGAAAGCCAACAUGGAAAAUUAAACCACGUCUCCUGAAAAAGAUACAAAAUACUCAGAAUAAUUCAUCAAAUGACCUAAAAAAACAAAAAAGUUAAUCACCAAAAUCCACCCAUGACCAGAAUAUAUUAUUUGAAAGUGUGGUAAGAGAUGCCUGUGGCGCUUAAUGCUGCAUCUGCUGUUUUAAUAAAGGCAAGAAGCAGCAACAACGAUGGUGGAGGAGGAAGUGAAACUGUUGAGUUUAGCUUUACUUCAACCUUAUUAACAUUUAAACACAGAUGAUGAUAAGACUAAUGGGCUAAUCACAACAAGUACUUAAAUGCAAAUUGUAUAAAUUAAACCUUUACUAAUACAGAAUGAUGCUGAGUAUAGACUGAUAAGGUAAAAUAAUCUUGGAAUGUUUUAAUAGCUGAUUAUGCUGGACGUGUUUAGAAAAACUUGUAGUUAGAAAGACGAAAUGAAAAAUUUAACAAUUUAUCGUGUCUUCUGUUUUUGGACAAAUCAGAUUUUUCGUUGCAAUAAUGGGUUCCGUUAAGGGUUGCAGGGUUGUGUGUGGUGGCGAUUUGGGUCGGUUUUCCUUUCACCUCAAUCAGCUGAAACAUGCAAACUGAAAGGAAUUGAAAUGUAAAUGGCAGUGAGUUAAUUUACUGGUGAAAGAACAUUUAAUUUUAGUGUGUAUCGGAGCAUUUAGCAGAGAAGAUUGUUUUAAUUUUUGGUUUUUAGAAGAGGUUUCACUGAUGAUGUGGUUGUUUUUCACUUAGAUGGGUGUCGGUGCAGAGUUUAACCCUGUUUUUAACAGAAUAGAUUCCUUCCAUAAUUUCAGGUACAUUCAGUCAGACUCAGAGCAGAGUAGAAUAGAGAGUAUUUAGCUUCCUGGGUUGAUCCUGCUCUGGCUGUGGUGCUGGGACGAAAAAAAAAAAGCAGGGAUGGGACGAUGACGAAAGACGAGGAGGUACAGAUGCCAGAGUUUUGAAUGGCUUCUGAAACCACUAGGGCAAUAAAACAUUCUGGAUUGAAUAAUGGACACGCAACUUCAGUUUAAUGACAAACAUGAAGAUUAAAACAAAAAAGCAAAAAAAAAACAAAAAACAACUUUGGGAUUGGGAGGUUUGCAUGCGACAACAGCAAUAUGCAUGUGUGGAACACCAAAGUAUGACUCUGUACAAAUCACUCGAGCUCUUUUCUUUAUUGUCCUAAUAGGUCAGGGAUGUAUUUUCUAAUGCAUGGCUGGGUGUUUGUGUCUUUUUUGUUUGAACAUAAAUGUGUAAAGAAAAACCAACAUGUACUCUUUAAGCUGAAGCAUUGUGCUCCGUCUGGGUCAGUACACUCAACAAGCAUGUGACUUUUUCUUUCUUUCUUUCUUUCUUUUUUUAAAUACAUUUUUGCACAUUUUUGAGCUAAGUUUCAGACGGCACACAUCUCGUUUCCUUUCAGCACGAGGUGUGUGUGGAAAGAAGGCGAGAUGCGCGCCGUCCUGAGCGACACUCCUUGUUUAAAGUGUAGUCGAGAAACUCCAGGCCUCGAAUACUUGAAGUGCAACUUGAGUGUUUCUGAAGUCUUUGAUUUUUCGGGGGGGUUUUCUUUAUUCUCAUUUCUCAAGCCUUUUAUUUACCGUAGACUCUGGAAUGUUCAGUCAGCAGCAUGGCCUGCUGGGAGAUUGAGUUCUUAACUUUGAUUCCAUCUUGUGACUUAAAUGUUUUUUAAACAAACAAAGUCAAUGAAUGUGAAGUGAUUUCAGCCGAAAUCAUUUUUGUUUUGAUGUUCGAUAAGCCGGUGGGGGGGGCAGGGGGUGUCUUACAUUGCACAGAACUUGCACAUAGUGAGAAAAAAAAACAAAAAUACAACAGGUGUGUUGCAAGAGAAAGAAAAAAAUACUGUUGAUAUUUAUUUUUUUGAGCUUUCUUGGCUAUAACGGACACUUUUCACUUAAUUUCCAAAAGAAUAAAUUAAGCUGUUCUAUUUGCUGUUACGGGAGAUGUUUAUGGAAGCAAAUAAGAGACAAAAAUAUUUUUAUUUUCGUAAUUUUACAGCAACUGACUACGUAAUACUAUUGAAAUUUAAACAAUGCUGAAGUCAUUGAAAUAUUUGACUUUGAAAACCAUGUAUUUGUCCUCAUUUUACCUUUUUGAAAUUAUAACAUUUCUUGAGUUGCAAUUUCAAAAGCCCAAAGAUCCCCAAAAAAUUUAAUUAUUUAAAAAAAUAGAUUCAAGUUGCUCAAAUGCGAUCAGUCCAAUUCAGAUCUAAAAAUAAUGCUAAUAAUAACAAAACAUCAGUCAAAUUUGAUUGGUCAAAACAUUCAGGCUUUUAGAUUUUAAUAUGCCCAAUCAAAUUUAAGCAGCGUGAAUCUUUUCUUAAAGAUUUAAAAAUAAAUAAAUAAUGCAACUUGAAUUUUUUUGUCUGUAUUUGUGAAUGCUGAAAAAACAAAUGCAGUUUCAGCUUUUGGAGUUGCAAAUCAAGGACAUUAAAAUUUAGAACAAAUUAAGGUACCGUACAUGGUUUUCAGAAUAAAUGAUUUCAAUAUGAUCAAUUCAGUGGCAUUUAAAUUUCAAAAUAAAAUAUUCAGUGGCUGUUAAGAUGUAAAUACUUAGGUCUCUUAUUUGCUUCCACAGAUGUUACAGGAGUGGACUGGGUUGUUUGUGUGCGUGUGUGUGAGCAGUCGUCUCUGCUGCUCACAUCUAAAGCAAGAGGCAGGAGUGUGUUAAAAAACGUCAUCUCAGUGUUUGUUUUGGGUUCAUGUUCUCUGUUCUUUGCAAUCACCUGGUUUACACUUAACUCUGGAAUCGAUGGCUGCAAUACCGGAGGUUAUUUACGAGUCUUUAUUGUCUCUGUUCUGGUGUUUUAACUCAACUAGAAAAUGUCUUCUUUAUUUUGUAUCUCUUUGAAUUUUAAGGCAGAGCCACACACAAGAGUUUGGCCUUUGCACUUUUUCAGUGGCAGCCAUGUUGGCUCCACCGUCCUGAUCAUUGAAUGAAUGUGGCGACGUGGUGAUGCUGUUUCAUGUCUCCAGCCAGCAGCUGUCAGUGGCAGCGGCGUGGCAGCCAUGCAGUUAGUCCAACCUGGUCAGACUCAGUGUAUGUUAGUGCGUGUGUGUGUGUGUGGCUCUGCCUCUGGUAAACUGUGUGUAAAUGACGGAGGAGAGAGAUGCCUAUAUACUUUGAUCCUCACAGAGAUUAAAUCAAGAAGUAUACUUAAAGAAUGGGAAAGCAAGUAUGCGCAGUGUACUAUAUAUAAUAUGCCUUGUUAUUUGAAAAAAAAAAAAAGAUGUAAAUAUACAUAUUUCUCUUUUAGUUUCUUCUUUUUUGCUGCUAUAAAAAAGAUGAUUAUUUUUGUUAGUAGUUUUGUUUUCUAUAUAAAGACUGUAUAUAUCUCUAUGUUCUGUAAAUAUGCUCGAGCCUUCAUAUGUAGGACUCUGGAUGAACACUGUAUGGAACGCACCUUUAAAUCUGUUCAGAAUUAAACUAAAAA